GUUACAUCUCCUAACACAGUCUUGGUAACCUGAGUGAACAAAUGUUCCAUCAGCAAUGUAAACUAUUGUAUAGCCACGUCUACAAAUUGAAAAUGAACUGUACAUUACCCUAUGUCAACAAAAAUAUAUGAAUAGACGUUGUAUAAAGACACUGCAACGAAGUUUAAAUUAUUAUAUUGGAACACCCUUGGAUACACACUGAUCAGACCUGAUUAUGAAGAUUCAUCGACUUACUUCUGUACUGUUUUUUUUAUUUCAACAAUGUUUAAGCCAAGAUAUUUUCUUUCCUUACGGAACAGCUGAGGGUGACAUUGCUCUACCUACCAAUGAUGAUGGAAGCUCUGGUAUUUAUAAUCUAUCAACAUUGUUUCCGUUUUUUGAUCAUGAUCAUGACUUCCUUUACAAAGGUAAUCGCCUUAUUGCUUACAUUAAAUCUAUAAUUGACAAUUGUAAUGAUUGUAAUAGAGUUUAUUAUGGGGACAUUUUAUGGAGAGCAAUUGCUCUACCAUCAAUCAAUUAUGCAAGUUCUGUGUGGUGUAGCAAUAGCAAAGAUGACAUUGAUAAACUUGAGAAGCUACAACUUCUAAUGGCGCGAUGUAUUCUAAUAGCAUCCCGCAACACCCCUCAAACAGCCUUAUAUGGUGAUCUUGGCAAAGCUAAUGAUUUAUUUGAUCAUAUCCAUAAUGCCAAAGACAUACCCAAUCCAUAUUGGGCUUUUGCUAUCAAGCGAGCUCUUAGUGAAGCCUCUGUUCAUAGUUGGAAUGAAGAAAUGAGAAACACUUUCCAGGCGAUACUUGUGACAGAUGGCUACCAUUCAUUCACUUUUUUCCAUUAUGGAAAUAUUUUGUGGACAACUGGCACGGCGAGUGGUGGUUCCAGGUAUACCGGUCUAGGUGGUACAGCAGCCCAGGUCGGAUUUAAUGCUGGAAACGGUAUAACCUUCUACUCGGUGCCUGGAUCAAGAAACGCAUCGAUUGUAGAUGUAGAGGAGACGACAAACGUUGGAGUAAUUGGACGUUGGGUAUUCCGAACCGACGUUGAGAAAGUCACUGAAAAUGGUUGCACAGAUAAAGUCACCGGGACGGUCACUGUGUUUCCAUGUUCUGGAUCGAUGCUCGGCGGAGAUCGUAUUCUCAUUCAAGGACCGUGUUUCCAUAUCGAACACAAUAUCACCUGUAAAUUUAUUAAUCCCGACACUGGACCUGAAACUCAAGGAGUAGUUCUUGGCGCUUUAAAAGCUGAAUGUGUGACGCCCAUCUUAUUUCAGACCGGAAAAAUCAAGUUUUACGUGUCGAUAGAUGGCGGGCUAACGUUUGGAUUCACGGGCGAGUUCACCAUUAGUAACAUAGACAAUGUUGUGGCUCCAGUGACUCUCGAAUAUUAUGACUUGUCACGUAUCACUGUAACUUGGGAUACCUCAUUCACACAAUACCAGUUUGUCAAUAUUGAGUUGUUUACAUAUUUGGAAAACUGGGAAACCUUGGAUGUAACACUAGAGAGGCAGACUAUAAAAGAGAAAGUAGACGGAGCAUCUGGUGUAAUAAUGUUCAAUCAUAAUGAUGUACUAGUGGAUUUUAACGAUAACAUUGGUAUUAUACGGGUUUCAAAGUGGGACAGCAAUGGUGUCUUGUAUGUACCCGGUGUUUGGAGUGACGUUUUUGAUCUAGGCUGGCUGCAUGAAGCUCAGAAUAGUUUCUCUUUCGAUACUUGGUGUUAUGAGUGGGGAUUACUGGACGACAGCCUUGGCAACUUCCUCGGUGAUACACGAUCAUGCCCCUGUACCUUGCAGCAGGCGUUAGCCGACAUAAGUCGAUACACCUUACACUCGGCCUGUGAUCUUCCAAGCAAUUAUGUUUACGGUUGUGAAGCGCUCGAUUACAUUCCACAAUGCGUUCGAGCAAAUACACCAAGUGAGUCAGGUAGUGGAUUAGAAUGUUGUUACGGACCUGCUGGUGAACUACUCAACAUACAAGAUUACAUGUAUGCUGGCUUUUCUCAUCGCCGCCAUUACAAAGCCAUGACCCCACACGGAGUAUCUGGGCAAGUGCCUUACUUGUCCCACUUUGCAGCUGAUAUUCUACCAUAUCGAUAUUCCUGCUUUUAUUCGCAACAAGAAUAUUGUACAAGUUUUAAAAUUAGGCGCCCUUCGGAUGACUGCACAGGUUAUGUGCCACCGCGAAUAGGUGGUGGUAAUGGUGAUCCACAUAUACGCACACUCGACGGCAUCUCUUACACGUUUAACGGGCACGGCGAAUACACCUUGGUUGAAGCACUUAACGGACGGUUCGUUAUGCAAAGUCGGACAGAACCUAUUACUGGAACAUAUGCAUCUCGUUUCACCGCAAUAGCUGCAGAAUUUAAUGGAACUGAUAGUGUUCACAUUGGCCUAAGUGAACGUCGAGGACUUGACGUUAGAAUUAAAUCCGAGAGAGGAUGGCAAUUGAUCGACUUUGAAUGUGAUCUUUCAGACUUUUGGGAUUUUAACGGAAUGUCAGUAUAUAAACCAAAAGGCACCGGAGGAGUCCGUAUAACCGUUGUGUUCGAUGCUGGCAUUGCAUUCACCAUUGGAGAGGCCAAUGACGUAAUGUCUAUAAUAUUUUUGGGUUCUGAAACGAUGAAAGGCAACACAAGAGGCCUCUUAGGAACGUGGAAUGACGAUUGGAACGAUGAUUUUUUGACACCUAAUGGAUUUACACUUCACAGAAAUGCAACUCUACCGGAGAUACACUUCAACUUUGGAGAAUUAUGGCGAAUUGAUCCAGAAAAUUCCUUAUUUUACUAUGAGCCUGGAAAAGACAACAACGAUUACAGUGAUUCUACAUUUAUACCGAUAUUUGACCCUCCAAACAACGUCAAUGUUGACGAAGUUCAACUGGUUUGUGGUGAUAUCUUUGAGUGUAUUUUUGACUAUCAGGUCACUGAAAAUCCAGCUAUUGCUAAGGGUACACGAACAAGCGUCGAUGAACUGGUUGAUGUCGUUGAUUCAUGUGCACCAGUUGUAGCGUGUCCUUUUGUUUCUGCGCCCAUUAAUGGCACCAAGAAUGGUGCUUUGAAUGUUGAAGGAAGUCAUCUGAUAUUCUCCUGUGACCAUGGAUUUGAUCUUCUUGGAAGUGACCGCAUCGUGUGCGAAGCAAACGGGAUUUGGUCCAACAACCCACCAGUCUGUCAAAGUUUCUGUGACAAAGAUUGCUUGAAUGGGGGAACGUGUAAAGUCAACAAUGAUUCUACUAGUGUCUGUCAGUGUCCUUAUGGUUUUGUGGGGCCAACCUGCAACAGAAUUGCUGUAUACUGUCCCUGUGCUCUACCGUAAGGAACGGUAACUUUCAUCGUGUCAGACAUUAUUGUUAAAGACUGAAGAACACGAAAUGUCUUGUAUUGUUUUGCCAACAUUAUACUUUAUAGAUUAAUACUCCUUGUAGCAGAAAAUACAUGGAUGGUUUUAGCAAAGGUAUUGCGUUUUAAGAUUUGUAUAGAUUUUUACAUAUUAAAUAACAUUUUAUUAUUAUUAUUAUUAUUAUUAUUAUUAUUAUGCAAAACAGUUUAUUAUAAUAUGUAAAUGUUGGUCCUUGUGGCCAAUUGAGUUUUUUUAACAAUCAUUUUCUGUACUCGUUUUACUUAUACUAUUGGACAUAGCGAGUCGUGGCGUUUUUUUCUCCAUAGAAACAUCGGUCGAGGACUGUCGGGUUCAGUAAGUGUCCGGCUUUAGAAAGUAAAACGUAAUGACGUCAUAUUAUGUUAACUGCCCGUGUUUUAACGUUCUCUCUCAUCGACAGAAUCGUUCAGUUAAGACUAGGUUGAAGUAAUAUUUGUCUAUUUCGAUCAGCACAACAUAAUAAUAAACAUUCAGACCUCUGUACUAAAAUGAUAACAAUGUGCAUGCUUUAGACGAUUCUGUUCAAUGUGUCCUCUUGUUAUAUUCAUAGUUGCAGUCAUUUUAUCUGUUUGGUUGAAUUUUAAAUGCAUGUAUAUCAUUGUGUUCAACACAGUAUUUUAUGUUUACUUUAUAAGAAACAUUUAUUAAGAAACUAAAUAAACAAGACGAACAAGAAUUACAGAUAGUGUAUUAGGAGUACAGUCGCCCAGUUCUGUUCUGUUUCAUUUAAACUUUAAAUAAUCUAUAAUUGAUGAUCUUUAGAAUAAAAUAAGACAAA